CCUCUCGCGGAAAGAGAGAGAGAAACCCCAAAUCCCCCCUCCACUCCACUCCCCAAUCCAAUAGACCGGGGGGCGAAAUGAGCCACCGCCGCCGCCGGCCCUCCUCGCCGCCGCAGGUACCGGCACAUCCGCUGGAAGACGACGACCUCCUACACGAAAUCUUGCUCCGCCUCCCGCCGCAGCCGCCCUACCUCCUGCGCGCGUCCACCGUCUCCAAGCGCUGGCGACGCCUCGCCACCGACCCCAAGUUCCUCCGCCGCUUCUGCGUCCACCACGGGAAGCCUCCCCUCCUCGGCGACUUCUCGUACGAGGUAGGAUCAUUCUCCUUCAGAUCCACCCUCGACCCGCCCUACCGCAUCCCUCCCCGCCGCCUCUCCCUGCGGUCGGACGGCAGCGAGGGAUGGGCGUGCCUCGACUGCCGCCACGGACGCAUACUCUUCGACGACUGUAGGCGGAGACGGCUCAUCGUGUGGGACCCCAUCACCGACGGCCGCUGCGUCCUAGCCUACCCGCAGCAGUUCCGCGACUCCGGGAUUGUGCAAAUCCACAGCGGGGCGGUGCUCUGCGCCGCCGGCGACCAGGGCCACGUGCAUGGCGCCUGCCACUCGAGCCCUUUCAAACUGGUCGGGCUGAGCGCUUGCCACCACAAUGAUGUAGCCAGCAUCUUCGGAAGUGUCUACUCUUCCGACACUGGCGUGUGGAGUGAUCUCGUCUCAACAACGCUUCCACGGAAGGGCAUAAAUCUUUUGAGUCACAGCGCACUUGUUGGUAACACCCUUCACUGGCUGAUCACCACAGAUAGCAUACUGGAGUUUGAUUUGGUCGCACAGAGGUUAGCUGUGACCAAGAGGCCUCUUGGUGCUCCUCCUCGCCAUGACAAUGUUCAGAUCACCCGGUCAGAGGAUGGCGGUGUUGGCUUCGCUGCUUUGUCCGGCUCUUGCUCCGGCUGGGGCUGGGCCUGCGCCAGGGUGAGCGCUUUCUUGAUGGAGACGGCGUGGGCCAGCCUGGUGUUGAUCAUCCAGCAGCCGCUUCCCCAACCAGGAAAAGAGGCGCACCCUCCGUGGGGUCAAGGCCGCGCGCAUUGAAUGCAGAAUCGACAG